CUCGCUCUCCUCUCGCUCAGCCCCCUCACCAUGCCGCACUUCGGAAGUCCCUGCACGCCCUCCCCGAAUCCAGAGAACCGGAAACUCGAGGCGUCGAUAAUAAGCGAGGCCGGCGCGGAGCAGAAGCACAUCGACCACACUCUGCGGGACCUUGCCGACGCCGUGGAGACGCACGACAAGAGCACCAAGGACGCAGUGAACUCCCAGCGCGCCGUCGACGAGGCCGCGGAGACCGCCAAGACGAACCAGCAGCGCGAAGCCCGCCUGGGGCUGAACCUCGCACAGAAGGCCGGGCACCUCGACGACCUCCAGCAGCGCAAGGCACAGAACGACCAACUGCGCGAGUCGGCGCUGGCGCAGAUCCACGCCCAGGAUGCAGACGUGCCAGUCUAGCGCACGCACGACAGCCGCGACAGUGGCGAGGCACCCCCAGCCACAGAGGACGCUCAGGCGCCUGGGGAUGGAGUCGCUUCCGCCGUCUGAGGUGCGAGGUCGGGCCUUGGUGCGGGGAUUUGGAGGCUGCCAAUGCCAUUGGAGAUGAACGCGAGUCGAUGUUAUGCCCGGAGGGGUCCGCACUGCUAACAAUGUACCAUUAGUCCCCGUCCUGUCUGUAUAUGAUUGUGCAAACACACCGCGCCUCAUAUAGC